AUGAACUUCAAAUCCCCAAAAUCAAAACCAAAACUUUUUUUCUUCUUUCUCACCCUCUCCCUCUUGUAUCUCCAAUCUCAAUCACUAUCUUCCACCAACACCAAAAACAAUGCCUCAAAACCAAGAAAAACAAUCAUCAAAGAUCAAUUCAAAGAAGCCCCGCAAUUCUACAACUCACCAAAUUGCGCCACCAACGCAGAACCAGACACAGACACCGAACAUGACUCUGACACAUAUAUCUGCUCAGAGAAAGCCGUCCAUGUCGCAAUGACAUUAGACACAACAUACAUCCGAGGCUCCAUGGCUGCAAUCCUCUCUGUCCUCCAACACUCAUCAUGUCCACAAGACAUCAUCUUCCACUUCGUCUGUUCCUCAAACUCUUCACUCCUCCACUCCACAAUCUCAAACUCCUUCCCUUACCUCAAAUUCCAAGUCUACAAUUUCGAGGAUUCCAUCGUUUCAGGACUAAUCUCAACCUCAAUCCGCUCCGCCCUCGAUUGUCCCUUGAACUACGCAAGAAGCUAUUUGGCGAAUCUAAUUCCACUAUGUGUCAGAAAAAUCGUCUACUUAGAUUCAGACCUAAUACUAGUCGAUGAUAUCGCGAAACUCGCAUCAACACCAUUAUCCGAAAAAAAUUCAGUCCUCGCAGCCCCAGAAUACUGCAACGCAAAUUUCACAUUCUAUUUCACCCCGACAUUCUGGUCCAACCCAUCACUGUCCCUAACAUUCGCGAACAGAAAGCCAUGUUACUUUAACACAGGAGUAAUGGUGAUCGAUCUAGAAAAAUGGCGCGACGGAGAUUACACGACGAAGAUCGAAGAAUGGAUGGAACUACAAAAGAGAAUGAGAAUCUACGAGCUUGGCUCAUUGCCACCUUUUUUACUUGUUUUCGCAGGCGAAAUCGUUGCGGUGGAUCAUAAAUGGAAUCAACACGGUCUCGGAGGUGAUAAUUUUCGAGGGCUUUGUAGAGAUCUUCAUCCUGGCCCAGUGAGUUUGCUGCAUUGGAGUGGAAAAGGGAAGCCAUGGGUGAGACUGGAUGCUAAUAGGCCUUGUCCUUUGGAUGCUCUUUGGGCACCUUAUGAUCUUUUGCAAACACCAUUUUCUCUUGAUUCUUGA